AUGGCACACCCCGAAGGAGGUCUCAUCGCUAACCUCGUCGUCCUAGGCAGCUUCUGCUCCAUCACCGGCGGUCUAGGGCUAAUGAACAGCAUCGGCAUCUACCAAGCCUACAUCAGCACGCACCAACUCUCCUCCCUUUCGCAUUCCCAAAUCAGCUGGAUUUUCGGCGUCUACAACUUCCUCAUCUUCUUCGGCGGCUUGCAAAUCGGCCCUAUCUUCGAUGCCAAGGGGCCUCGUGCCCUCAUGUGGAUAGGCUCGGGAUUGCUUGUGGUCAUGUUUGUAGCCCUGGGUUUCUGCGAGAAGUACUGGCACUUCUUCGUUGUACUGGGGGUCCUCGGUGGUAUCGGCACAUCAUUCAUCUUCAUCGUCCCUGUCGCUAGUAUCGGACAUUUCUUCCUACGGCGUCGCGGCGCAGCGACAGGCCUAGCAAUGGCCGGAGGUAGUAUCGGUGGAGUAAUCUUCCCAAUUAUGUUGGAAAAGCUAGCGCCAAAAAUAGGCUUCGCCUGGGCCACGCGAGCCAUCGGGCUAGUAACCCUCGUCCUCCUCUUCAUCGGCUGUCUCCUCGUCCGCGGCCGGCAACCUGAGCCCUUACCGUCUCCGGAAUCCCCGCCCGAGAAACCUAAACCCAAACACGAAUUGAUCAGAUCCCUCCUCCCCGACCUGACCAUCCUUGCAAACCCGCUCCUAGCCCUGACAACUGCUGGCGUCUUCCUCAUCGAAUGGGGCUUUUUCAUUCCCCUCGAAUACAUAACCUCGUACGCCCUCUACUACUCCAUAUCCCCGGACCUCGCUUACUUGAUGGUCGUUUUCUUCAAUGCGGGUUCCUUCCCCGGUCGGUGGAUCCCUGGCAUCCUCGCUGAUAAAGUCGGGCGGUACAAUAUGCUGAUUUAUACAAAUGUGCUGGCUCUGGUUGCGGUGUUGGGGAUCUGGAUGCCAGCGCAGGGGAAUGUGGCUGCGACGAUUGUGUUCGCGGUAGUGUUUGGGUUUGCGAGUGGGAGUAAUAUUAGCCUUGUGCCGGUUUGUGUGGGCGAGUUGUGUCCGACGGAGGCGUAUGGGCGGUAUUAUACGACUGUCUAUACGAUUGUCAGCUUGGGGGCUUUGACUGGGGUUCCGAUUGCUGGGGAGAUUAUUCAAAGGACUAAUGGGGAAUACUGGGGGUUGAUUGCGUUUGCUGGAUGCUCGUAUGCAGCUGGGCUAUUGUGCUUUAUCGCUGUUAAGCUCCUACAAUGA